AUGAAAUCCCUCAAGCUUUUCUUUAUGUUGGCUAUGGUGAUGGCCUUGGGCGCCAUUACUCUCUCCGCCUGUACACCACCAUCAAAAGAAGAACCAUUCCUCCACAAUGGUGAUGAUAAGAAUGCAACUGAAACUUCGGACAGAGAGCCAACCUCCAUCCGAGGAGCAGGUCGAUUCCUUGCCCAGAGUUCUUCUCGUGCUAUAUUGACAUGCGACAAAAACCCCAAGGUCUGUCUCACCGAGGGCAGCCAGGGUCCAUCUUGCUGCAGAAAAAAAUGUGUGGACCUGAAGACAGACAAAUUCAACUGUGGGAAGUGCGGGAAGAAGUGUAACUAUUCCAAGAUUUGCUGCAAAGGGAAGUGUGUGAACCCACUGUCCAACCAGAAGCACUGUGGCGGAUGCAACAACAGUUGUGGUAAUGGAAACGCUUGUCUCUACGGGAUGUGCAGCUAUGCAUGA